UAAUUUUUGAGACUUCUUUCAAAACAUAAAAAAAUAAUCUAUAAAUACACACAUGUUCAGUAUCAAUACUGUUUGUUUUUAUUUAUUUAUUUAUUUAUUUAUUGCAUUAAAGGUUACAAAUUUCAGCUUCAAGCUCCCAGUCUGCCAAUCAAAUGGGGGCCAUUCUGACUUUAGUGGAGCCAGUGGUUAUCAUCAAUAAACUGGGGACAUCCUUCUUUGAGAUGGCACUUACACAGACCGUGUACAACCAGUCACUGAAGGCAACUGCAGGAGACAGUGAUCGGGCACAGGCAUUAUCCUCACGCUUUCUUCUUAUUCAGAGUGUGUUGUCCUCUUUGGCGGCUAUGUUGUCCAUUAUACCACUGAGCCGCAUGGCAGAAUGUCAUGGACCUAAAGUCUUCCUGGUGGCCUCUCAAAUGGGUUCAGUUUUGGGCAUGUUUACUCUAGUCAUCUUCAUGUACUGUGCAGUUCCUCUGGAGAUUCUGUACUUGGGUUCUGUGCUGCAUGGUUUGAGCGGAGGCGGGCCGAUGUUCUGGGCCGGGGUGGCGGCUUUGGCGUCUCUGAGCUCGGAGCAGGGCAAACGCACUCUUAAACUCAACAUUGUGGACUUCUGUUUUGGGGUCGCAGGGGUCGUGGGCGGUCUCCUGUCUGGAUAUCUGUAUCAGAUGGGACCAUCAGUUCUCCUCCUGACAGCAAUUCUAGUCAGUGUUGUGGCAUUACUGUACUCUGUGUUUGCCCUCACUGACUCGAGACGUUCCCUAUCCGAGAGUGAGCCACUGCUGGCUGAAUCUCAAACUGGGAAAAAGAUGGAUCGAAUCUCUGUAGGCAUGCUGAUGACAGCCAUGGUGUUGUUCAUUCUAGGCAUGGUUGGGGCAGAAAAUGUGCUCCAGCUGUAUGUGCUGAAGCCCCCGCUGAGCUGGGACUCAGUUUGGGCCGGAUAUGGCAGUGCCACCACCAGCGCCAUGUACCUGAGCAGUUUCAUAGGGGUCCUGGGUCUGUUCAGAUUGUUGGGAGACACAACCCUCACUCUACUGGGUAUUGUGUCCAACUGUACUGGGAUGGCAAUCAUGGCAUUCGCUGUAGAAAGCUGGGUCUACUUCCUAGCUAGAGGAAUCAUGAUGUUUGCCUGCGUUCCCAUGCCAACACUGCGAGCCAUGCUGUCCAAGAAUCUGCAUCCUCAGCAAUAUGGGCGAGUUUUCGGGCUGCUCCAGCUGGUUCUAGCUGUGACUGAUCUCUUGUCCAAUGUCUUUUUUACCUCCAUUUACCCACUAACUCUGGGCUGGUUCAGUGGCUUCUGCUUUCUCCUCUCCUGUGCUAUCAGUUACAUCAGUGCUGUCCCACUCAUUUAUCAAAGUGGCAGAAACUUGAGACCUGGAUCCAUUUGAGAUGUUGAACACUUUACAUGAAAAUGUGUCUGUUCCUAUUUUGAUUCAGUACUACAAAGCCCCUAAUGUAAUGAGAAGAAUAGGAUACAAAUUUUAUUUCAGCGCUUUUGUGUUUGCUUACUCGCAAAACUUUUGCAUUGCCAGAGAACAUUUGCAAUCACUCACAAAACCUUUGUGUUCUCACAAAAACUAUUGCAAUUCCUGAGAAAAUGUGUGUUUGUUCACAAAACUUCUGCAUUCUUUCCAAAAAAACAUUGAAUUCCCUGAUAAAUUUUGCAUUUGCUCUCGCAAACUGUCUGUUCUCUCGCAAAAGUACCGCAUUACCAGAGAAACUCUGUGUUUGCACACAAAACUUUUGCAUUAGCUCACAAGACCUUUCCGUACUCUCACUAAAAUAUUGCAUGCCCACGGAAAAUUUGAAUGCUUUUGCAUUUGCUUGCAAAUCUUUUGUGUACUCUGAAAAUGAUUUUCCAAUUUUUUUUUCUCACCAAAGUUUCAGAUCCUCUUACAAAAGAUUUGUUCACUCACAAGAUGUUUGCAUUGUACUUUUUACAAAAAAAGUAAUUUCCCUGUGAAUCUUUAAGUUAACUUGCAAAAGCACUGAAUGUUUUUCCUUCACUGAAAGCUAAAUUUUUUUUCUCCCACCUUAUGUUAUUUCCAUAACUAGCAUUUGGACAUUUGUUCUUGCGGGACACAUUAUUUGGUAAUAUAAGUAUUUUUAUUGUGGAAAUAGUUAUAGGUGUUAUUAUAAAAUACUAUUAGCAUUUUAGGACUGACACAUGAAGUGUCUAUCAGGGAAAAUUAUUAUUAUUAUUAUUAUUUUAUGUUGGAGAGCACCAUUGCAUAUGGUUUUGUAUUGC